AUGGAGGUAUACAGUCAAGACGGUUGUUUAUACAGUUAUAAAGAACCACUGUCAGAGGAUGCUAUGAGAAUUAUGAUGGCCCUGAAGUCUAAUCCUCGUCCAGAGAAUGGUCUAGAUAAAAUCGCUGUGAAAGAAGAUAAAGUUUUGAAACACAAAUCCACUGUUCAAAAUAGUUUCAAAGGGACUAUACCUCUGAAAGCAAGUAACAACUUUCCUUUACGUUUGUUAAAUUGGCAAACCCAAGAUAAAUAUGAAUCUUCCAAUGACUUUACUCUUGAGACAUCAUGUGAUAUCCCGGAGAUACAGACCCCUUUAUAUAACCAAGGUUAUAAAGAGCUGCGGCAACCGACAACGUUUGGGACGGAGUGGAUAACCCCAGUGAUUCCUGCAUCGCAGCCUGUGCCGGGUAUACGGAGUCGGCAUUGCAUCGAGGCUACACGCCCCCUCUGCAACAGUUCAUGCAUGACCACACAAGAUACUAUUGUCAUAUUGGAUUAUGAAGAAAAUAAGGAAAAUAUACCUACAAUAAAUGGAAAAAAUAAAGUAGUUUCUAAAAACAUCCAUAAAUCUAUUUUGAGUUUAAUUGCUAGUAAGAGCCAUCAAAAGCAGUCACAGCCUUUAGUUUAUAAUAUUCCAGUCUGUGACAAAUUGGAUUUAGAAAACAAAGAACAAAAAGUUCUAGUACAUAAUAAUUACUCAUUCAAUGAAGAAAAAAAGAUACAGAGUGCACCAGAAUCCUUAAAACUCAACUCUUCAGGCAAACAAGAGCACUGGUUCACAGAAAGUGACAAUAAAACAAAACAAUUAGAUACAUUCAAGGAAGUUAAAUGUUAUCAAUCCCAAAUUCGCAAUGUUAGAUUACUCAAUAAAGAUCAGCAGUGUAAAGUGUUUGAAGAGAUGAAGAAUGCCAAAGCCAUAGUCUUAACAAUGGUUUUUCAGGACGGAUCCUCACAGCUAAGUGUCAGUAAGGAUUCAAAGACAUUAGUGAAAGGAAUAUUAGUAUUAAUUAAAAUGCAAACACACCCAACCCUUCCUGAAACCUGUACAAAAGAUGAUAUAUAUCUCUAUGUAGCUUCAGAAGAGGAUGCUUUGUGGCGAAAAGACCAGACUCAAAAGGACUUUGCAAGGAAAUUACUAAGGGUUAUGCUGCAAGUCAAUGUACCUGUCAUUUGCUUCAAUGCAAAAGACUUUCUUCGGAUGCUCUUUCACAUUUAUGUCAAUUGGAAAAAAGAUACAAGGAAAGUUCUUUUAGAUCCUAAAAUAGCAGCAUGGCUCUUAGAUCCAACAGAGAGUAAUCCAUCAUUUGCCAGCUUAGUUGACAAACAUUGUGAAAAAACAGAUAUGAAAAUUACUAGUGAUGUUACGGAUUCCCCAAAUCAGAAACUUUGCAGUAAUUUGAAAAUACUAUACACAUUAAUGACAAAUCUACGCUAUCAACUUCAGACUGAAGGAUUAUGGGAACUUUUUUGUACCAUUGAACUUCCACUGACAAGAAUUUUGUCUGUGAUGGAAAAUCAUAAAAUUCAAGUUAAUGAAGUAGAACUAAAGAGGACAUCAGAAUUUCUAGGGGUACAUCUUAAAGAACUGGAGAGAGAGGCACACCAUGCAGCAGGACAGAAAUUUAGAUUAACUAGCAGCAAUGAACUGAGGGAGGUUCUUUUUGACAAAUUACACUUGCACCUGCAAUGUAGAACAAGAACACUUCCAAAGACGGCUCUUCGUCAUCUCCCAUCAACGGCUGAAACUGUGCUGCACCAACUUCAAGACAUACAUCCAUUACCAAAAAUUAUUUUACAGUACAGACAGAUUCAAAAGAUAAAAUCAAAUUAUGUAGAUGGACUUUUAUCCUGCAUGACCAAGGUAAUUGAUGGUUUUGUGUCCCCUACGUGGAAUCAGACAGGAACAGUGAGUGGAAGACUUUCAGCAAAACACCCGAACAUCCAAGGUGUACCAAAAUUGCCUGUUCAGAUUGCAAAACACCAAUAUAUAUACGGCAAAGAUAGGGAAGUUGUUACUAUUAGCCCACGUUCCAUGUUUGUAGCUGCAGAAGGGUAUACGUUCUUAGCAGCAGAUUUUUCACAAAUAGAGCUACGAUUACUUGCUCACUUUUCCUUGGACCCAGAACUUCUAAAAUUAUUUAAAGAAACUGAAUCUACUGAUGUCUUUACAAUAUUAGCAUCUCAGUGGAGAGAUGUAGCCCCUGAGCAUAUAACGCCUGCAGACCGAGAGCAAGCUAAGCGUGUAGCCUAUUCAGUCAUUUAUGGAGCAGGGAAAGAGAAACUUUCAGAAAGGCUUGGGGUUACAGCAGCAGAAGCUAAUCGAUUUAUUGAAAGUUUUCUUCAGAAAUUCAAAGUCUCAGAUUUUACAAAGCGGAUAAUCCAGCAGUGUCACAAUAACUCUUCUGUCGUUUCACUCAUGGGACGAAAAAGGCCCCUUCCACAGAUCAAUUCCCCGAACUGGAGCUUGAAAACACAAGCAGAAAGACAAGCUGUGAAUUUUGUUAUUCAAGGUUCUGCUGCCGAUCUGUGCAAAAUGGCGAUGAUCAGAAUUGUUGACUGUAUUGCUACAUCAACAACUUUAACAGCUAGGUUGGUGAACAUUUUAUACAAUCUUUAUUGCCUAAAUGAGGAGUUCCCAAAUAUCACCCUCAGGAUCCUUAUUGUCUCUGUAGAAAAUAAGCAUCAGGAUCGUUGGUAG